AUGGCCAUCAGUUGGAGACUGGAUAUUGAUCUGAAGGCAUUUGGCCCUCGAUCCAUCCUAACAUUUUGGUGUCAGAAGUGGGAUGAAAAGAAGAAAGAUGAACAGAAAAGAAAAAUUGAUCAAGAAAAGAAGGAACGAAUUGAAAAAGAAAGGUUGGAGAAGGAAAAACAAAAGGAGGUUGAAAGACAAAUGAAAGAUAGAGAAGAUAAUGAAAGGAAACAGAAGGAAGAAAAAGAAAGGAAGGAAAAUGAGGAAAAAGAAAGGAAAGAAAAAGAGAAGAAGGACAGAGAGGAAAAAGAAAGAAAAGAUAAGCUAGAGAAAGAAAGGAAGGAAAAAGAAAAGAAGGACAGAGAGGAAAAAGAAAGAAAAGAUAAGCUAGAGAAAGAAAGGAAGGAAAAAGAAAAGAAGGACAGAGAGGAAAAAGAAAGAAAAGAUAAGCUAGAGAAAGAAAAGAAGGAAAAAGAAAAGAAGGACAGAGAGGAAAAAGAAAGAAAAGAUAAGCUAGAGAAAGAAAAGAAGGAAAAAGAGGAAAAGGAAAAAAAGGAAAAAGAGGAGAAAGACAGAAAGGAAAAAGAAAGGGAGGCGCAUGAGGAAAAAGAAGAGAAGGCGAGACAAGAGAAAGAGAAGGAAAAAGAGGAGUUACAUAAAAAGAAGGAAACAGAGGAGAAACAAAUAAAUGAAGAGAAAAAUAAAAAGGAAAGAGAAAAUCAGAAAUCAAAGAAUGAGGAAAAUAAAAGGAAGGAAAAAGAUGAGAAAGAGAGACAGAAAAAUCAGGAAGAAAUUAGGAAAGGAGAGAAAAAGGACAAAAAUGAGAAAGAAAGCAAGAAAAAGGAGGAAAAACAAAAAGAGGGGGAAAACAAGAAUAAGAAUGAGAAAGACAAAGAAAGUAAGAGAAAGGAGGAAAAACAGAAAGAAGAUACAAAAAGAAAGAAAGAUGAACAUAAGAAAACUGAUAAAGAGAAGGUACUUAAGAACUUGUACAGAGAAAUUGAAAUAAAAGAGGAUGAAGAGAUGAUUGACAUUGAGAAAGUUCAGGAAAUGAAAGAAAAUAGAAGAAACAGAAAGAGAAAACUAGUAUGUGAAAAGAUUGACAAAGAAUUUUUAGAAAAUGAGGGAUAUGAAUAUGAAAUUAUAACAAUUAUCAAGAAAUAUAAAAUAGAAAACAGAUGUUAAAGGAAAACUGAUGUGAUAACUAAUACAGAAAACAGAUUGUUGGAGUCCAAGAUGACUAAAGGAU